CUCUCUUAACUUCAUGCAUUUGUCCCUUAACAAUGGCGGCAGCUUCUCCAACUCCUUCUUCUUCCGCUUUCUAUAGCAACCCUCUUACUUCUUCUCCUAAGCUUCUUUCCAGAACCUUCUUCCCUUUUCCACAAACUUCAUUUCCACAUAAAACCUCUUGUCCUCUUACCCUCAGCAACCGCUGUUUUACCAUCACCAACGCUCUCUCAAUAACCCCAAAUAUUGCUCCAACUGUCGAGACAUUUAUUUCCCGAUUUGCCCCUGAUGAACCUAGAAAAGGAUGUGAUGUUCUGGUUGAAGCGCUCGAACGUGAAGGCGUCACCAAUGUAUUUGCUUACCCUGGUGGUACUUCAAUGGAAAUUCACCAGGCUCUCACCCGUUCUCGAACCAUCCGAAAUGUAUUGCCACGUCAUGAACAGGGCGGUAUUUUCGCUGCUGAGGGAUACGCACGCGCCACUGGUUUCCCUGGUGUUUGUAUGGCCACCUCUGGCCCCGGCGCUACUAAUCUUGUUAGCGGUCUUGCUGAUGCUCUCCUUGAUAGUGUUCCAAUUGUUGCUAUUACAGGUCAAGUACCUCGUAUGAUGAUUGGGACUGACGCAUUUCAAGAAACUCCAAUAGUUGAGGUAACAAGAUCAAUUACCAAGCAUAAUUAUCUUGUUAUGAACGUCAAUGAUAUACCCAGGAUUGUGCGCGAAGCGUUUUAUCUAGCACGAUCAGGCCGACCUGGACCGGUUUUAAUUGAUGUUCCUAAAGAUGUUCAGCAACAAAUGGUGAUUCCCAACUGGGAUCAGCCGAUGAAGUUGCGAGGUUACAUUUCCAGAUUUCCUGAUCCACCGAAUAAGAUGCUUUUGGAGCAAAUUGUUAGACUAAUUUCUGAAUCGAAGAGGCCAGUUUUAUAUGUUGGUGGGGGUUGUUUACAAUCAAGCAAGGAGUUAACGCGUUUUGUGGAACUCACAGGUAUUCCGGUGGCCAGUACUUUGAUGGGUUUAGGAGCAUUUCCAACAGGGGAUGAACUUUCACUUCAAAUGCUAGGGAUGCAUGGUACUGUUUAUUCUAACUAUGCUGUGGAUACUAGUGAUCUGCUGCUAGCAUUUGGAGUGAGGUUUGAUGACCGUGUCACGGGUAAAUUAGAAGCUUUUGCAAGCCGAGCAAAGAUUGUUCAUAUUGAUAUUGAUGCUGCCGAGAUUGGAAAGAACAAGCUACCUCAUGUAUCCAUUUGUACAGAUAUUAAGUUAGCAUUACAGGGUUUGAAUUCAAUAUUGGAGCGCGAAAUAGGUAACCUGAAGCUGAAUUUCUCUCCUUGGACGGAAGAGUUGACAGAGCAAAAAUUAAAGUACCCUUUGAAGUAUAAAACUUUUGGUGAAGCCAUUCCUCCACAAUAUGCAAUUCAGGUCCUUGACGAAUUAACUAAUGGGAAUGCCAUAAUAAGUACUGGUGUAGGCCAACACCAGAUGUGGGCUGCUCAAUAUUAUAAGUACAAAAACCCAAGGCAAUGGUUGACUUCUGGUGGAUUAGGUGCAAUGGGAUUUGGAUUGCCUGCUGCGAUUGGAGCAGUUGUUGCACGACCAGAUGCAAUUGUGGUGGACAUUGACGGCGAUGGAAGUUUCAUGAUGAACGUGCAAGAAUUAGCAACAAUUAGAGCGGAGAAUCUUCCUGUUAAGAUGAUGAUUCUGAAUAAUCAACACUUGGGAAUGGUGGUUCAGUGGGAGGAUAGAUUCUAUAAGGCUAAUAGAGCACACACUUAUCUUGGAAAUCCUUCAAAUGAGGCUGAGAUUUUUCCUGAUAUGUUGAAAUUCGUGGAAGCUUGUGAUAUACCUGCUGCUCGGGUGACAAAAAAGACUGAUGUUAGAGCUGCCAUUCAGAAAAUGUUAGACACUCCCGGACCUUACUUGUUGGAUGUGAUUACACCUCACCAGGAACAUGUUUUACCUAUGAUUCCAAGUGGUGCUGCUUUCAAGGAUGUGAUCACGGAGGGCGAUGGGAGAUCUUCCUACUGACUUUCCAAACCAAGACUUCCCACAGAUUCGGAUUUAACCAUAGAAUUAAGGAUCAAAUUGUUUACGAAGAACAUGGGAUACAUAAAAGUAAUAAGAGAGAUGCACGGAUCAAUUAAUAGUAUCUCGUAUUCUUCAAUUUAGAAUGAUGAAUAUAUAGCUAGUUCUAUGCCUUUUAUUACUUUAAAUGAACUUUUAUGAGGAAAACCCAAGAUGGUUUAUCAGUUUGGUUGAUGUUAGUUUGAUGCUGUGGCUUUGCUUAUUGCCGCUACUGUACUAUGAACUAGUAGUUACUACUUAUUAUGUUUGCAUAUGAA